UACCCCUCAGAGGUCAGAACUGUGCCCUCGGUUGCCAUGCUUCACAACUCAUUUGCACGCUGACGCUGCAUUCGCGUGCUAGCUUACACUAGGCAAGAUGCCAGCCAUCCAUCCGGAACCUAACGAAGGACCGCGCCAUGAUAAGGCAGCAGGAAUUGUAGAAGCAGCAUAUGAGCUCGUAAUGUUCUUCCAAUUCGCCGGUACCGCUAUGGAAAACAUAAAAGUCCUGAACAGCGUUAUCGAGGACUUCAAGUGUCGCAAAAUGGUCCUUAACGCCAUUAGUUCCGAAAACAUAGCGAGGCUUGUGAAGCUGGCUUUCCGUGUCUACUGCAGCAAAUAUCCUGUUGAUUCUCAGGAGAGGAGGUAUGCAAUCCAAGUGGAGGAACCAGGAAUGAUUGUGGACAACGACUAUGACGACAGACUGCGCGUCCUGUUUGAUGGCUUGUCCUCUGGCAUCCUAGCCAGCCGAGGAGCAAACGAUAUUGAGACUUUUAAAAGUCAUCAGUUCGACAUUGGCGCGCACGUCCUUCGCUUUAUGGACCACAGCUUCUUAGCGGGGACUAGACAAAUGCCCCUGGGCGAUAUCAAAUUAGAGCUGGAAGCCUCUGAGCUGCGUGACAGUUUAAAUAUUUGUCUUGUCGCCGCUACGGAGAAGGACUGUCACGCAACCGCGACUUGUCUGUGGGGCGUCAGUGACUUCACGGCGAAUAUGGUGCAUCUGGUUGCCCAGUUUGGGAACCCCAGGCUGUUGGAGUUGCUGAUGGGCGAACCCAUUUCCUCUUCAGCCGUCAACAAGCUGGGCCCCAACGACCGCACCCCUCUCCACUGCGCACUGUAUGCAUGGCAGGAGCAGAUGGCGCAGCUCCUCUUGCGGUACGACGCAAACGCAUUCUCACCUGACUCAAUGGGCCAGGAGCCGCUGCAUGUGGCAGCGUCGCGGGGACUCCGCGAUGUUUCUGCUGCUCUCUUGCGGGCGGGUGCUUCGGCGCAUUCUCAAGAUAGGCGUGGUGCAACACCGUUGGACUUGGCUUCCACAGCUUUCAAGACCUUCCCAGACAUGGAAGCAGAGACAGCAGAGGCUUUCACUAGCUAUCUGCAAGAGCAAACAGUAGAGUCUGCACUAAAGGACAAGCGCAAUACGUUGACACAGACCUUGGAGAGCAUGUCCUGGAUAGCCAUUCUUUUCGCAACGGCUACCUUCGCUGUGUUCAUGCAGCCGCCUCAAGCUUCCGAGUACAGUGCUUGGAGCCAGCACCAGAUCUGGGCGGCGACGAAGGCGUUUUGGGUACUCACUGAAGCAUCCUUCUCUGCUGCCCUUACAACCGUCGUCCUUGUGGUGGCUUCAUCAUUCCCAACACCCAAAUUCUUGUCUGUGGGCCUGGUGUGGGCGAUCCUGGCUAUAACCUCGUUGGCCCUGGUGGUAACAAUCCUGUCUGGUUUUGGCGCUUUUGGAGCUGGCGUGCUCAUUGUAUUGGGACCCAUUCCCCCUGUCGUCGUCCCCUUGUGCAUCAGCGGUUCGGUGCUCCUGAUGGCAGUUUGCUAUUACUUACUGCAACUGCGGAACAUCUUCCCUGGGUGGCGCAAGGUUCUCCAGCCUAUCUUUUGGAGAUUGCUGUACAAGCAAGAGCGAACGCACUUGAACGUGCAUGAUGAUGCUCGGCGCAUUAAGGCAGCACGAGUGCAGCAAGGAGUUUUGUAUCGCAAUAAAGGGAUUCUUCUGGGGCCGAGUACCGAAAUAGAUUUGCUGAAGCGUAUAGAGGAACGCUCCAGGGUGCCACAAAUCGCAAACGGCGGUAACGCUGCGUAACACCCUAAUUCAGUAUGGGUGAAACCCGCACUGUUAACGGUGCACGUAUGUGAGCCCCGCAGAAGAAUAUGUGGCACUGCAUGCAUACCGUUUUUACCGUACGGCUGUUACAUCCGACGGGCGCUAUGGAGUGUGUGAGUUAACCGUGGCAAGCGGUGGAUGCGGUUUAUUAUUUCUUCAGACGCAUACUUUGUUCAGUUCAAUAAUGGCUCUGCGGCGCUUGCUGAGGAUUGAGUCAGUGGGUCUCAUUGAACCACGGGUCGUUGUGGCGACGGUUUUGGUAUGGAUUAACGGCUGUUAGGAUGUGACAUUUGAGCGACACCUGCGCGUAUAUUUCGGUGUGUCGCGUAAAAAGUGCCGUAUUGCGGUUGGCUGCGGCCACGUGAAUGCCGCAGGCGUUGACUGGGUUGCUGGCUAGCUGGGAUUGGGACCAUGCUUGGGUGGCGGUAAAAAUAAGGAAAACUGACGAACUGGAUGACGAGGCUUCUCCAUGGGGCUCGGGUGGGGGUGGGGGGUUACGGCUAGAUGACGAAAAGGCCAUGAGAUGGAUACAUGAACUGCGUAUGGUUGCUAGCCGUGUAUAAUCGUUACCUUUGAGCAUGAAGCAAUUGUUAAGCGUUUGUCCCGGAGCAAUUUACUGACAGUGCGGUUUUGGUUUUGGUUUUGGUGACGCCCUGCAUGCUGCAGACUGUUACGUCACAGGUGCAGGUGUAAUGCGUGCGUAUCGGAGAUAAGGCGGGUUCAUGGACGAGGUACGACACCCUUAUAGCUAUACGCGUUUUUAGUCUGUCACGGCUAUUCCGCCGUGUUGUGAUACUCAAAGGCACUAUAUUGUUGCCUACCGGUGUUUGUUACCCGCCCGUCUUCUUCCAGCCCCGGCCCGAGUGAGAGCCCGACCUAGUGGCUCUCACUCGUAGUUAUUUUGUUUGCUUGUUCACACGGACGUUCGGUCUCUCCGGUGGUUUGUGGCCAUGAGUGUUGCAACCGGCCAUGGGUGCAAGUUAAAAACCUGACUGACGUGGUUAUGUUGCCGUUUCCGGAGGGCUAGCGGGGCGGCCAGGGUCAGGGAUUGCUGUAAUGCGCCAAGCCGACUAGCGGGGCGGCUAGAUGGUAGUGGUGAUGUUACUAGCUGAGAGGAGGCUGCUGCUGUAUCGUCGCUGGUACCGUUAUUAGGUUACAUUCGUGUAACAUACCGAGGGCAAGAAGCAAUGGGCUGUAACACCGCGGCUUGUUCUAUGACACUGUUACUUAAUGAGUGAGGUGCUGGCGGCUUGGGUGGUUGCUGCAGUGACUUAUCUUGAUGGCAGUCGCCCAGAUCUGCCCAGAUCUGGGCUGUUUUGCCCGAACUAUGCAUGGCAGCAGGUUUUGGUUCUCGUUGAUGGUGAGGGGCUUUUCACGUUGGACUGGAUUCCUUUGUUGAAUAUUAUUGUUCGCAUGGGCAAGGACAUUUAGCGUGUUUGAAAGGAGCGUGCGGUGCCGCAUGGGGCCUUCGCUGGGGCGUCCAAGAGCUUCAAAUAGGGGUUUGGGAUUCGGGCUUCUUUCCAGUGUCAUAAAGGGUUAAUUGGGAUAACAGGUUUAAGGAGACAUGUAGGUGCGUGUCAAUAAUAAGUUGGGAUUCCGUUGCUAUCGAUAAGUAUCUCCCAUAUUCCUCAGGGCAAGCCUGAGCAAUGCCCUGAGUGAUGUAUGUGGCUGACGGUCUGUCGUAUUGGGGAUGCCUUCAUUGCUGCAUUGCUUUUGGGUUGUCUAUAGCGCGUGCUGUUGUUAAACCAUCCUGAGUUGUAGUUGGGUUCUGUGGUCACGCGGGUUGUCUUAUGAUUGGCGUUGCCUCCCAUGGGUGUGCAGCGAGAAAUGAUGUGUUGUUGUCCAGGCCUCCGGGCGUCCUGUCUGCUAUGAAAGAAGGUCGAGUGCAUGAAUCAGGCCCUUCUGUGCCUGGCGAGAAUUAUGUUGUAGUGACGAGGCAUGCGGCAGGUGUGUUAUGCUAAGGAGGUGCUAUAUCGCUGUGAUUGUACCAGACGUCGAAACGGCGUGUGGUUUAGGCACGUAUUUAACUGCUGGCUUUUCAUGAGGAGAAGGCUAUUUUUUUGUGAUGUUUAAGCCAGGAAUGUGGAAGCAGGUUCCUGCGCAUAUGCCGUGAAACGCUGGUGUCGUACAGCGAUCGGCGGCUGGGCCUCUUUUCCGGCUCUCCGCGCACUACCUGGUUAACUGCCGUUGUGUAGACUGAUAUUUUAAGGCGUUGGUCCCGCUGUCGUGACGUGGCCUCUAUCUUCCCACCCGCCCACCCUGGCGGCCGGGGGUUUAAUGGCUGUAUGUGUGUUCUCGUUUCUGUACGGGUGUUGUGGUGCAACAAUCUGUCUUCACUGUCGUACUACUAUUAAAGUUUAAAACAAUGGGGCGUUGACGAGGGAGGAGGGCUUUGCCAUGGAGUUUUGUGCUACAACAACCGGUUUGCAUUGGUCGUUGCGUUGCAACGGACGAUCUGCGGAUGCAGAUUUGCGGAUGGACAUUAGUAUAUUCGGCCUGGAGUUGGAAAACUAUGGUGUGGUUUGAUGAACGGUAGACAGCAGGUUGGCGGCCACCGACGUUUCAGAAUGGUUAGUUAGGCACCGGUUGGUUGGCCUAUUUCGCUGUCACACGACUGGCGUUGAGGAAAAUAAGGAGUUGCUGAAUUGUCAAGCGCGGGCAGGCUGAACAAUUGCCUCAAGGGCCUCAAACGGACCCAUGGACCCCGA